GUGAAAUUCAAAAAUCUGUGUUGUGGUGCAUCUUCUCUUUCCCGCCUUCAGUCACAGACAGAUCUGAUGGUAUGGAACCCUAAUGGACGACAGAAAAUACGUUGAACUGUACCAAAGACUCUCCAACGCCACCGUUCCAGAUCCAAUUUUCGCAGGCAAAGACCAUCGCGGCGUCUGCGAAAACCUCUUCAACCAACUCCACUCCAUCUUCCGCCGAUUCUUCUCGGCUCUUCCUUUGUGCCACCGCCAUGACCUUCACUAUCGGUUCCAUCCGCUUCCGCAUUCGGAGCUGUGGCCAAUUGUUGAAGAAUUUUCUCUCAUUCUGCGCUGCUGUCUUCUUCUCCUAACGCUCCCGCACUCCUGUCAGAAGUUUUUCCUUCUCAAGUGCCGCUAUCUUUUUCGCAUUCUCAAUUCCUUUCUCUCUGUCCAUGUCACCGAACAUCGCAGCGUGCGCUUUAGCAACUUCCUCACCGACGUGGACUUGGACUUCGAUGAUUAUUGUCGUCCGUUUCUGCUCGCGCUGCUUGAGGUAUUUGCAGAUGAACUUUUAAGACACCAGCCGUUGAGAAGGUAUCUUAUGAUGGUUGAUUCAGUAUCUUCUAUCCAUGAAAAGCUUUUCGUGUGUCAUUUCAACCAAGGUGAUAUUGCCAUUGUCCUGGAGGUGUUAUCUUCUCAUUUCAUCCUGUCAGUUUCUAAUGAGAAAGCAGUUGAGGAUUUCACAGUUAGAUUAUUUUUACGUUGUGAUAAGGAUUUCAGAUUUCCUGAACUUAGUAUUGGGCCCUCCAUUGUGUUGUUACAUGACCCUGUUGUGCUCUCUGCACCAAAGAUGUUCCAGGCACACAUAGUUUCAACGGUUUCUGAAGCCAUUGGUUCUGGCUUAUCUUCCGAGCCUUUAGCCAAUUUCCAGCUUAUAGCACUGCAAAAAUCUGUUAUCUUGUACUCUACACACGUGUCUAGUUUGCAAAUAGAUGGCUUUCAUGUUGAAUCAAAAUGCUCCAACUCACACCUUCUUGACAGAGGUCAGCUAAAAUUUGAAUCGUAUAUCCGGCAUGGCACCAGAAACAGAUUAAAUAAAGUCUUAUCAAAGUUAGAUGAUUCAUGGGAUUCUUAUCAAUGCAAAUUGUUUUCCAAGACAAAAACGGAUCUUUUGACUGAGUAUAUUGCAUUUAUGAAGGAGAGACAGUACCUAUUUGAUGAUUCGUUAAGGAAAGGGAUUACCUCAAUCUUAAAUUGCCUAAUCCAUCAAGCCUUCUCUCAAGAGGCCACUGGAGUAUACACUAUAAAGGAAAACACUAGUGCACAAGAUAUAUGUCUUCUUGCAUCCAUAUUGAAGAUGAUGAGUGUUUCAUUGCAUCAAGCAGUUAAGUAUCUACGUAAUAGUGGUGAUUCAGAUUGUUUGAAAACCAUGAAAAGUGCCACUGUGCAUGGGAAAUAUGAUUUCUUGAUCAGCAUCUUUGACUAUUUUCGACAGUUUAAGAUCUGUUUACCAAUUCAAAGUUUCUUGUAUGAUGAGAUGAAAAGUCAGAAAUCAAAUUACAAAGUCUCCGAGGCAUUGCUCGUGCACUUCACAGGCUUGCUAUCAUUAAGUUUUAACAAUGGACUUGAAUUGUUGGCAAAGGGGUGUAUAUCCGUACUUAUGGCAUUGAUGUAUCUGUUUGUUUUUGAAGAGGGGGAUUUACUUGCUUUGGAAUCAUUGAAGGGUCCGUCAUUACAACCUUGCUUGUCUGAAAUUUCAUGUCAUAAGAGUGGAAAGGGUGCAAGAGAUAACCAAUCUGUCUAUGAAGUUGUAGCAGAGUUUCGGAGAAUUCAAUCAUGUAAUUUGAGAACGGAUUCCUUCACCUCCUGUAACGACGAUAAUGAAACAAAGAAAACCUGCAAUGGGGAAAUGUUUCUUAAUUGCAUAUUAGGAGACCCCAAAAAAUUAUCCGAUUAUGAUGAACUUGCAGAUUUCCUUGAGUGUAAGACUGGGAAAGAUUAUUCCAAGUGGAUGAAUAGGCGCGAAAUAUAUAGAGAUAAGAGGUAUCAGAAAAAACUAGAAUUAAGGAAGACUAUGAAGAAAACUGUCCGGAAGUCUUGUCGGUUUAAAAACAAUGGUCAGUCCUUCAAGGGACAGAAAAAUUGAAUGUUUGUAAAGUAUUGGAGGUGAUAGAUGCAAUCCACCUUUGGCCCUUGUACAUGUAAAUGAAUUAUUUACUUUUUUUAGCUCUUCA